AUGGAUAAAGACAAUAGUAGUGUGGAGACCAGUUUUUUUCUCCUGGGUUUCAGAGAUCACCCAAAGCUUCAAGUUUUACUGUUUUUGAUAUUCUUUUUCAUCUACAUCAUGACCUUGUUGGGAAACCUUGGAAUGAUUACAUUGAUCACAACUAGUUCACACCUACACACUCCUAUGUAUUUUUUCCUUGGGGUUUUAUCAUUCAUAGAUGCUUGUUACUCUUCAGUCAUAGCUCCAAAGUUGCUGGCGGACUUAUUCUCAGAGAGGAAAACUAUUUCUUAUAACGGAUGUGCAACACAAUUAUAUUUCUUUUGUUCUUUGGUAGAUACAGAAUCUUUUCUCUUGGCUGCCAUGGCUUAUGACCGGUAUGUUGCAAUCUGUAACCCAUUGCUCUAUACAGUAAUAAUGUCCAAGAGAGUUUGCUGCCAACUAGUUUUUGGAGCAUUUUUGGGUGGAACUAUGAGCUCUAUUAUUCACACAACAAACACAUUCAAUCUGUCUUUUUGUUCUAAAGAAAUUAAUCAUUUCUUUUGUGAUAUUUCACCUCUUUUCUCCCUGUCUUGUUUCGACACUUACAUCCAUGAUAUUGUUCUGGUAGUCUUUGCAAGUCUUGUUGAAGCCAUCUGUCUUCUGACUGUCCUCCUUUCAUAUGCCUACAUCAUAGUCACCAUCCUCAAGACUGGUUCUGCUGAGGGAAGAAAGAAAGGGUUUUCUACUUGUGCCUCCCACCUGACAGUAGUUACCAUCUAUCAUGGGACUCUGAUCUUUAUUUAUUUACGUCCAAGCACAGAUCAUUCUCUAGAUAUUGACAAAGUCACUUCAGUCUUCUAUACACUUAUCAUCCCCAUGUUGAAUCCAAUCAUAUAUAGCCUAAGGAAUAAUGAUGUUAAGAAUGCAUUAAGAAAGAUAAUCCACCAAAAAAUACUUUCUCAUUGA